CUUUCUGUUAAUUCUUCGUCUGCUUUCCUUGGUCUUGAUCUUCUAAAGAGAAGCUUCCUGCCUUAAUGCAUCCUACUUUGUUGUCAACGAAGACUUCAGUAGCAACAUUUUAAGCAAUCAAGCAACAGAAGCAAACGUCAAGUGACAAGAUUGGAGUACAAUUUGAAGAUAUGUGAAAGAGCUUGCGGUACAUUAACGCGUCGAAAGCCACCCGAUCAAACCUGCUCCCGUUAACAUGGAAACGAGAGGAAGGCGGUCUAGGGAGAAUUGAAAACCUCGGACCAGAAUUCGUACAUCGUAAGCAAAGAAAUAAUUUCCAAGCACCCGAUUCUGUUAUGAAUCCCAAUAAAUAUGGUUCACGUCUCUCUCGAAGUAGAUCCCAUGGCAGACCAGACCCACUCAUGUCUUGGCUUUUCCGUCGGCGGCCCGUCCCUAGGGGAAAAAGUCCCCAGGUAUCCACAAUCCCCUUUCCCAGGAACUCUCUGAUUCAAGUGUCUCUCAAAUAUACAAAAGCCGAAUCAGAAAGUAAAAUCAAGAGGUAAACAUGGAACUUCCAAGUAAUAUGGCCAAGACAAAAUCGUCCCAGCUUUGUUCUGGAAACGCCUUAGAUUUCUUUUAUCUUCCUCACCGCUCCCUCCAUCCGGAUGAUUCCGCUUAUUCUCCACGAGAAUGCGACGAACCACCAGGCAGGUCAGCUCAACCUAGCACAGAUUCUUACUGGAUUGCCCAAGGCGUCAGGACAUGAACCAGGCUUUCGCGACAAAAGCAAGUCAUCAUCCCAAACUACAACGAUGAGAAUAUCCUUAUCCUUCUUCGACGAACCCGAUCAAACGCGCGCGACGCUGAUGCACGCUCCUGAUCAUGUCUUCGCAGACCCAGGCUCCACCCCAACCAGAAGCCCCGCCUCCACAGCCUUCCACUUCGACCUCGGCGGCGGAAGAUGCAGCAGCAUAUUAUGGAUACCUAUUUAAAGCAGACAAGAAGCCGACGAAGGUGCUGGAGGCGCUGCUUCGUGGAAUAGCGACAUAUAUUAGCGAGUCGAUGGGAAAUACAGAUGAGAAGGCUCUGACACCAGAUAAGUUGGCCAGCUUCUACAAGGCUGUAGGAGGAAAUUAUGACUCCCUCUUCGUCGAUGUGCCUCACCCCUCUAUAUCCUGGAUCUAUGCCUCCAUAGGCUGCCAACAUACCCUUCAACCAACACCAGACGACUUCAAACCUCCUAGCAUACCAGCACUGACACCCAAAGGCUUCGUUCGCUGGCAGAGCAUCGAAAUCCUGCUUGGGCCAGAAGAACAUGUCCCCUUCAUCCAAAACGCCAUCCGCCUCUUCCCCAUCUUCAACCCCCUCACAGGGAACCCAUUCCCCCUCCCUCUACCGAAAGAAGCCUUCCCACUCGUCCCUGACGCCGACAUAGCAAGAUGGCACGAACAAUGCGCACAAGAAUUACGACAGCGAGCCUCCCCGUCCGAAGACGAAAUCCGCCCACAUCUCCCACCUAGACCAAAAGUCCAAGCGGGGUACGCACAUGUGCGACCACCACGACCGCGAGUCGACCCCAAUUACUUCGAGCCGAAAUCGAUGCGUGGUCCUGGCGGUCGACCGGUAGCAUAUCACCACGUCUCUAGUACAGGCAUACGAGGCAGCGUGCCUGUUCCUGUACGGCCAGGCCUAUCCCGCUCGCCAUCACAUCGGGCAAGACAGUUCCUUGCGCCAGAAGACUCAGCAGCUCGUGCGGCGAGAGGACGCAGAGCCAGUUUCCCCGAGAACAUUAUCCCGAGUCCUGUGACUUCACCGGUUCCGCCACCGAUGGAGAGAGAGGAUCAUACGAGGCGGCAUAGCCAUCCUCGACAUGCGAGACGGGGGAGUAUGAGUGAAGACGCGAGUAGUAGUGAGGAUGGCAGUCCCGCUACACCUAUUGCUGAGAGGAGGAGGCGGCGGAGGAGUUAUGCGCAUGAACGACAUGGGGAAGAACAGGGACAUGGACCGGCUCCUCAGCCGCCUGUUGCGGUGCGAUAUUCGAUGGCUGGUGAGCCUGUGGAUCAGCGACGCGCGAGGGAGAGGGAGCGUGAACGGGUACAGGAUGAGGAGGAGGCGAGGAAACAUAGGAGUUUCCCGAGUAUUCCGAUUGAUAUCACGGGUAAACUCUCUGCGCCAUUUUUACUGGGGAAGCGGGAUCGAGAGAGGGAUCGCGAGAGGGCGAAGCCGAGGAGUAGUAGUCGGAGUGGUGGCAGUGGCGGGAAUGUUCGCUGGAAAGACCUUGACGGUGAGGCGGUUAAGGAGUUGUGGAGGAGUACUAGUGGGUGGAGUAUGGAGGAGGAUGGGGGCGCGGGGAGUGCGGGGCGGUUUAGGGAUGAGAGGGAGAGGGAGUUUAAGAGGAGGGAGAGGGAUAGGGAGAGGGAGAGAGAUAGAGACAGGGAGAGAGAGAGGAGUCAGAAGGGGACUUAUGAGGAGGAGGGGAGGAGUAGUGGGCCGGAGGGGAGGCAUAGGCAUAGAGAGAGGGAGAGGGAGAGGGAUAGGGAGGCUAUCGUCAAUGGGAGGCUGCCGCCGGCUGUUCCGGAGGGGAGGAGUUUUAGGGAGAGAGAUAGAGAUAGGGAGAGGGGAGAGAGGAGGUAUGUUAGUCCUGUGAGGGGUGUGGAUGGGAGGAGAUAUCCCGCUCAUACUUAGGAAUUGCUUUGGGUAAAAAGCUGGGAGGUUGGACAGAUGAUGAUAUGACUUUAUGUUAGCGCUGAGUUCUGGAUAUCUUACGAGAUGUUUGAGAUGAGUAUACGACUUGGAAUAGUAUUCCUCUCUGAAUUUAUUACCCGUGUAGGGUUUC